GUAGUCGGCGGCGCCGCCGGAGAGGAGCGGCUUCGGAAGGCCGUGACGUCACUCGCGGCCCACCGAUCCCAGCAUGCUCAGUACUCUGUGCAUGUCCGCCAUACUGUGCCAGUGGCUGGCGAGACGGUCACGGAGUUGGCCUGCUGGGUCGCUGCGAAGUUUUUGUUGUACGGCCUGAUGCAGUGCUCGCCCUACGAAAUUAAGGAUAAGUUGUUGAAAGCAUUAGACGAGGACAACAAUGUGGUCGACAUGGCUGCUGUCAUCGAGGUCAUUGGCUUGUUGGAGCGUACGCCCAUUACCAAGGACACGCUGGAGCGCACACGCCUUGGGAAGUACAUCAAUGAGCUGCGCAAGCGCACAAGCAAUGACUCCCUGGCCCGGCGGGCAAAGGAGCUGGUGAAAAGCUGGCGACGCCUGCUGCCCUGUGACCCACAGCAGCAGACUCCUAAUGGUGGAGGCCCACCGGUUGUGGUUGUGGGGCCGGGUCCCGGUCCGGGCAUUGGGCCCGGACCGGGACCCGGCCUACUGUCGGGCCCACGUCGUAGUCCAAGCUGUUCAAGUGUCUCCAACAGCCCCGUGCCACCUUCGCUCCUGGCGGCCGCUGCAGCCGUGACCACGGCAGGCGCCGGCCCUGGCCUAGGGCCUCGGCGCAACGGUGGCUUCAAGCCCGUCAGUCCUGCAUGCUGCCCGUCGGCGCCGUGCUCCCCGGGCUCACCGCUUGCCCACCCGCACCCACGCAGCCCACCACCCUUGGAGCCUGUCGCCAAGAACAAUGUAGCCAACAAACGACUCAGGAAAUCUGCCGCCUCCACGGAUGGACCAGCAGAUAGCGCAAAGAAAGCAGCCUGGUCUCCACCCAACGGUGUGCAUCCGUGGGACCCCAUCCCAAGUGGCAACUCUGCCUUCGAGAGCGUGCGCAACCGCGUCGCUACCACCACCACCAGCACCACAUCUCCGCGGCUGCCCAAGGUCAAGACUACGCAGCAGCUCAUAGCUGACCUGAAAGCCAAGAGUGGGCUCAGCCUGGAUGGCAACACAGCCGCCGCUGCCGCAGUUGCAGCUGCAGCCGCAUCAGCCACACCUCCGCCCCCAUCCUCGCGGCCGAAGCGGUCCGGAAACUACAGCCUCCUGGGCACGGACGACGAAACGAGCCGCACCAAGUCAGAGUUGAUGGACCGCUUCCUAAAGUCAUCGGUCCCCAACGGACCAUCCUCUUCCUCACCUACGACUACCACCACCACUGCCAAGGGUGGAGCGCCAGGCGAGGUGGCAGCCAUCUUGAGUGCCCUGCCUGAGAUCGGGCCAGAAGUUGAGCUCGAAGAGGAGGAAGUCCCUAUAGUACCACUCGAAGUGACGCCCGAGGUUGAGGAACGCUUUGCGACACAGCAGUGGGAGUUUGUCAACGGAGUGUACGACCACGAAAGCCAGUGGCGGGGUUGGCACGAAGUGACCACGGGGCGCUCUUAUGGGGGGGACCUUCUUCACAUGUUGCCUUAUGUAAAUAUAGACUGGUGACCCAGGGGUCGUCACGUAACGGGGGGAGCGAAUAUGGGGAGGCACAUUCUUUUUGGCCUGUGAUCUACGUGGUGGGUGCGUGCAUGGUGCGCGUGCAUUGCCUCCCCCUCCCCCUUUUUUUUAGUCAUGAACUGUGCACGUGGACAUGUGCUUCUGCCGCCACCACCCGGAGGCGGGGGAGUAAAGGGGGGGGUUUGCAUAAAGCUGCUUUCCAUUUUUUUUAUUAUUAUUAUUAUUUGUGGUGCCCUCUCUGGGAUAUAGACUAAGUUACUGUUAAAUGUAAAAGGAAAAAGUUAUUCAAUGUCACAACAAUUCCAUUAAUAUAUUGGGUAUAUAAAACUUGCCAGCGGAGAGUCGUUGGUUCAUGCUUUGUUUUUGUGUGCAUGCAUGGCCUGCUGCUGCUGUGUUGAGCCCUCUCCUAAGCAGGUGUGUUGACUCAUCAUCGUCAUGCUUUGUGAAAUUUAGUGCCUGCCACUGCUUUCAGUUUUCCCUCAGGCAUAUGUUUUGGUGUAGAAAGAAGAAAAAAAAAAUAUUGUGCACAGGUUGUAUGUGGUUGCCAAGUGCCAUUAAGCAGCAGUGCCAUCGGGGUUUGUGCGUUGGCCCUGUGGCCUCUUCUGGUCCCAGGGAGGAGAGAGCGUUUGGGGGAAGGGGGACGUGUGUGUCGUGUAUGUUGGGGAGACCUUUCGUGUUGGGCCGGUGGGGGCCGUUUGCCUGUUAAGGCCCCGCUGCCAGCUUCGACCAUCAAGAAAGCCGUGCGUUGCCAGCAUCACACCAUCAAAAACGCCAGGGGAACAAGUGCCUCGCGAUUGGCUCUUGACCUUGCCGGCAUGUGUGCUUGGUUGCAAGGUGCAAAGGGAGUCUGUGCAAACACUCGUCGGGACUGCUUUUUUUAGCGUGGCAGUGUGUUUUGUAGUUAUUCCUGUCGGAAGAAAAAAGUGUGGAUAGCCUGGGGGCUAAAACCAGGCACAAGUCUUCUUUUUUUUUUUUUUCCUAGGAAAUAAAACUGCCAUGUGUGCACAUGGUCAUGUUUCCGUA